AUGGAAUAUGGUGAAAAGGCGGAUGUCUGGUCGUUCGGGUGCUGCGUCUACGAGAUGGUCGAGCUUCGUCCACCAUUUUACUCACAGAAUAUGCUCGCACUGGCCACGCAAAUUGUUGAGGGAAAAUAUGCUCCAAUCUCUCCCGAUCGCAGCAAGGACCUCUCUGAGCUAAUUUCAUCAUGCCUCACUGUGUCGCCAGCUUCUCGACCCGAUAUUCUGGAAGUGGCACGCAUCGCCGCGUCAAGGAUGUUGCUUUGUCUGGACGAUAUUUUCAGAAUGCACGUUUCAAAAGCAAAAAGUUCACAGGAGAACUCGACUUACCAACAAAAAAGGUCAACCACUGGUUCAAGAACGAGUUUCAGAGAAAACGUUUCUUUGGAGUCUUCGUCGAAUUCUUCAACAGGUGUGCUGGCUCGUCGGAAAGCAGCCGCUUUGGAGAUCACAAAACAAGUACCGACGCUGAUUGAUAACAGCAUCGAUAAACCCAGAUCAAUUAAAUCAUUGUCGGCUGGUCAGCAGAGUCGAAAUUUGGCAACUAGCACGUCAUGCUUCUUGCCGAAAAUUGGAGGUUCUGGGCGGGGACGUCGAGUGACGAUCACGGAAGCUGAUCAUCGAAGAGCCAACUCUUCCGGAUCGGUCGACAAACGUCUGGUCAAAAGCCAAGAAGGUCUCACCGUGCGGUCAGCCUCGCUACAGCCAAUAAGCGAUCCACUACUGGAUAUUUUAUCACAGAUCCAUAAAAUAGUCAUGAUCAGUGAGCUAAGCCCAUCUGAGACAACAAAUCACAAGAGGCGAGUUGUGGAACAGUUUCGUAAGCGCAUCUUCAGCAGCACAAGUAAUGCAGAGAUGAUCAAAAAACAUCUGAGGAAGCUGUCCACGGAAUCUCACGAAGAGAUCGAAUUGGACCUUGGCUAUUCGGACUUUCGGCCCGUUCUCACCGACAUUUACAAAUUGGGCUACCAGAACGAUCGAAAAAUUCCCCGCAUCACAUACGAACAGCUAUCCGCGUGUAUACAGCGUCUAAUCGAAGAGAGCCGAUAG